UGUCAGUAGGUUGAGUAGAUUUAGACGACUGGUUUGUUGGUAAAAAAAAAAGUUUAUAUUCGGAAUUUUGGUUAUUUUCAGUUUAAAAAUUUAUAUCAAACUUGUAGUGUCAGUGCGCGACAUAAUUGAUAGUGAAAUUUGGUAGUUUGGUUGGAUUUCAAAUUCAGAUAAAGUUCGAAUUAAAUUACAGCUGCUAUUUUAUGUGUGCGGCAAAAAAAUGAAAGAGGCAACGAAUUAUUUAAAUCAACAUAUGAAUAUUUUUUAUUUGACAUCUAGAUGAGGGCGAGCUAAAAGGCCUUUGGAGACCAGUUGAAUGGCAGGGAAUCAAAGGGACAUUUUACAACUGCUACACUUUACUAGUUAUUUUGAAUAGCAUCACUUUCGUUAUUUCCGAAUCAAUGGAGUUGAUAUUUUUCAACCAUGGUAUUUUUGAUUUCUUUAAUAACUCGUCGAUGCUGAUAACUAUCAUAGGGAUGUGCGGAAAAACGAUAACGGUUGUAAGCAAUCGUGGAACUAUUAUCAAAAUGAUUGAAAGGUUUAAUGGAAAUCCAUUUAGUCCGCGUGAUUACCAAGAGGAAAUCAUUCACAAGAAUUUCAAUCGGAUGAUCAGAUUUAAUACUUUGGUGUAUACAGUAUUUUUCGAAGUAUCUGUAACCGUAUUUACCGUGGGAAAAAUAUUUGAAGAUCGUCCACCGGGGGUUUUACCCUGCAGAGCUUGGCUACCUUACGAUUAUUCAAAUAACAUCAUUAUUUAUUGGGUGACCGCUUCCCAACAGCUUCUUACCAUUUUUAUGAGCGCCAAUGUUGACAUUGCCUAUGACACUUUGUUUCCCGGGAUGAUGAUGCAAGUUUGCGCCCAAUUAAAUGUACUCAAACAUCGGUUUCGUCUUACCUUGGAUGCUCUGGAAAAUGUUUCCGACGACAAAAUGGACCCUGUAAUGGCCAAAACUGUCGAGAAAAAAUUUUUUUCCGAGUGUGUUGAGUAUCAUGUAGAAAUUUUAAGGAUGGUUGAUACGAUGAGUCAUGUAUUUGGCCCAAUGAUAUUUAUUCAAUAUUCAUUCAGUUCAAUAAUUCUCUGCAGCAGCGUUUACGCUCUAUCUCAAAUGGUGCCAUUUUCACCAGAAUUUAUUGCAUGCUCUGUAUAUAUUCUCUGCAUGUUCUUCCAAAUAUUCGUCAUCUGUAUGUCAGGCAACCGAGUAACUCUCGAGUUUGCAGAACUCAGCACUGCAAUGUACAACACAAAUUGGUUCGCACUGAGCAAUAAUGCUCAAAAACACAUUGUCAUGAUGAUGAUGUCGUCAAUCAAACCGAUUGUAUUCGCCAGCGGACACGUUGUUACGUUGUCACUCGAAUCAUUCAAACGACUGCUCAAAUUAUCCUACACUAUUUACAAUGUAUUCCAACAAUCAUCUUGAGUCAUGUGAAGUAAUAAAGAAAUAUUGUUUA